AUGUCAACGUCAACAUCCAUAUCACUAUCUAACCCACCGAGCACACCGAACAAUUGUCACAACCGAUAUACGAGUACACCGACACAGACCAUACCUAGAAACGGACAGGGUCACAACUAUGCAAGUGUAAAGAAGAUGAUGGACAGAAGCACAGAUCGCCAUCACCCUUCCACUUCAGUACCUGCUCCUGCUCCUGCUCCUGCUCCUGCUCCUGCUCCUGCUCCUGCUCCUGCUCCUGCUCCACCAGCCAACAUAUCACGAUUACAACCACAUAACAACCAACAACAACAUACCUUGACCUCGGGUAACAACAAAGGCCUAAGACCUUUAGGGAUGUCAUCGACAUCCACACUUAACAUUCCUCCAUCCUCAACCUCCAGUCCAUCCUCCCCUCAGAUAGGUGGGAAAUCUCCUCUGAUAGGCUCGACGACUAAGCAAGAUAGAAGGAGAAGUAUGAUCAUCUCUUCUGAGCCUAUCGAAGAGGUAGGAAGAGAAGCACAGGAGCAAGAGCAAGACGAUACGUCCAAGAGUAGUCGGAACAAAUUGAAGAGAUUAUCAUUAUGUUCUCGACCACCUUCUCUAGAACUGAUCGAUAACCACACCAACGUCCACACUCACAACAAGCCCAAUACGUCUACGCCGAUCAUAUCGCCCAAUUUGACUUCACAGCCUUCCACGCCCCUUGGCGGAGGUGGGAGUACGAGAAGACCCGACCGACGGAUGGGUGUGAGAGCAAGUAUAAGCUAUUCGCCUGCCAUCCCACCCAAGACGGCUGAGAGGAAAGCGUUUGGAAGAGGUGAUGGAUGGGGUAUGGAAGAGGAUUUCAGUAGGGAUGAUAACGUACAGGGAGGGAGGGAGGAUGGGAGUGAGACUGAGCUCGAGAACAUAGAUAGGAGAGAGGGACACAGGUUUACGGGUGUACAGACAUUGGCUGAGAAACACGCCGACUUGCUCACUCAUAUCGCACAGAGGGAGAGAAGGGUCGCAGAGCUGAAGCAAGAACUCCUCGCACAGGAAAAUGCUCUUGCUCAACUGAAAUCGCGUUGGACGACCAUCGUCUCUCGAUCUGCCUUAUCACCUACUCAACCGCAGAUCAUCUAUCAGACUCACCACACACCUCCCUCUAGGCCAUCUCAGUCUCAGUCGAACCGUCGUCGACCUGUCAGUAUGAUCUCCACCUCGACCUCAACCUCAUCGACCUCUUCGCUAUCACUAGCAACUAUCGACGAGCCCGUGCCUCUUUCUGCCUCAGCGUUGAUCUCGUCUACGGGCGGAUUGAGCAACACCGGCGCAGCGGUUCUGAGCGGACUGAUCAGUCAGACAGAAGGAUACCUCGGGCCAGAGGUCGUACAAGGUGGGAAGCGGUUUUUGGGCAAUUUAUGGAAGACUGUCGGUGCUGCUGCGGGAGGUACGGUUCCUCUCACCCAUCAAGAACCAGCGAUUAGGGAUCCAUGUGGAAAUGUAACUCAGAAUGGACGAAUGGAGGAAGAAGAGUUACCGAAGAGAGAGGAUGGAGCGGAUUGGAAUCAGUUGAGCUCAAAGCUGGAUCUUGCAAACCUACAGAAACUCAUUAUUCCCUGGGACACGAACACCAGCACUAACACUGCCUCCCCUUCACAACCUCGACCACCAUCGUCAUCUUCCUCGUAUCCCAGUCGAAGAUCUAAAGACCGCCGUCCAGUCGAUCGAAGCAAUACCGUAACUCCUACAUCGUUCCAACGACGUUCUCCAACUUCACCAUCUGCAACGGUCGGACUGGGAUUUGAUCUGAACAUUAAACCUAGAUCUACCAUCUCAACCUCCCAGGUUUCACCCAAAUUACUUCCCGAACCCAUAUCAGCGGACUUACUAGAUGAUACAGCAUCAGUGUCAACGUCGAACAGUUUGAUCAUGGGUUUUGAUGAUAACACGGGUGUUUUGGGUAAAGCCCUUACCCCUUCCAAACCCAAAUCUGUAUCUAUGAACAAGACAAUCGCCUCUACCGCCUCCUCAUUGACAACAUCGGAUAAAGGCUGGGAUUGGUGA